AUGAAAGAUACAUCAACUUUGAAAGAAAUCGCAGAAAUCGCUGUUAAUAUUAAGAUUAAUGAAGAGACCCCAGUACUCUUAAAGCUUCCCUUAAAUGCGAAACUUUCUGAUGUACGCAUAAUACUUAAUGAAGAACCCGAAAUCCGGAUGAACAACAAAAUGUCUUUUUUGAAUCGAUCGGAUGAAAUUACCAAAGGCAAUGAGACCAAAUUGCUUUUAUCGGAAAUUCUUAUAAAGAACGAUCUAAACAUCAUCGGUGAAAUAGAACCUGAUUGGAAGGCUAUUAUAAAAAUGUGUGCACUCGAAUAUGGGCUUCAUUUUACAAUCAAAGGGCCGGUUUCUGCAAAAGAAAAAGCAUUUCAUAUCAAAUUUAUGCCGGAAAUCUUGCCGCGUCCUUUUACCGAUGAAGAAGUAGUGGAAUGUAAAACCAAAGAAGAAAAUAUAUGUGUAAGAAAUUAUAUAGCCAAUUCAAACAGCUCUUUAUUUUCUGAACUGUCUGUACGAUCUCAACAUUCAACAGCAGAAAUUCGUAAAGAAAACAAUAUUUAUUCCAAAUUUAAACGAAUAAAAGUAAUAUUGUCAAUAAAUGAAUCAAAGCCGACUAAAAAUUUCUUAGAUGCGAUUGAUGAAGCUCUUGCAUCCCAUAAUCAAUAUGAAUCUCUUAGAAAAGUCACGGAAGAUUUUGGACAAUUUUUGUGCAAAAGAUACGAGAUUGGCGGUGUUAUUUUAUCAACUAAAAAAAACGAAACGAGUAUCAAUAAUUUGAACGAAUUUUACGAAUUUAAUUCCUCGUUGGAUUCGCAAGUAGAUGGUCUUAUCGGAAUCGAAGGAAGAAUUAAAAAGAACAGAGUAAUAAAUUCCGAAGAUGAAUAUUCAUUCUUUAACAUUCAUGGUGGUUUGGAAGAAACUUAUCUUGCUGAAGGAAUGUCUGUUGCAAAGAAUGGCCCGGAUUGGCCAUUUCGUAAUAUUCCGUGCUUUGUCUUAAAACUGCUAUUAAUUCGAAUCGGAUUGCGUUUAGGAUGGCUUAAUUCAUUAAAUAAUUAUAAAAAUUGGAGAGUAGCUGAAUAUUCGGACAUAUGCUCGAUAUUUGACAUUUUGGAUAAAGACAGGCGGAUAAAAGUUGCUGCGGCAUCCGGAAAGGCAAUCCUUGUUUCUCAAGUCGUUAAAUUCGAAUCUGAUCCUAUCUUCGACUUAGCCGAUAGAAGACCAUUUGUAUGCAGUAUUCCUCAAAAUAUUAAUCUUUCAGAUACUGAUCAAAUGUUCUUAACUGUAAUGACAGACGACAAACCAAGAAAAGACUUUGUUGCUCGACUUCAUUAUAUAGAUGAAAAAAGCCGGCCAGUUAUUCUUGUGCAACGGUUAGGGAAGCUAAAAAAUAAAACAACACUAAAACGUUUUUCUUUUAAGUUAGGAUACAUUAUUGUUGGUAAAUCGCUUUCAAAUCUAUUGGAGCAGAAACCUGAGCAGACAACUUUAGAAAGUUUAGAAACGUCUUUAAUCACAACAAAAAAUCGUUGUUCAGCUGUGAUCAAAAAUCAAACUCGGAAUCCAAGUUCAAGUCAUAUAGCCACAUGUGUUACAAAAUCUAAAAAUACACAAAGUGAUCCGAAUGAUCUUGAAUUUAUUGUGGGAGCCCAUUUUAAUAUUAGAAACAACGCCAUUGAAGCUUGCGUAUUUUGUUGUGACCAAAAAAGUAAGAAGUAUUUGAAAUUAAUUUAA